AAACGCUCAGUUCACCCUUCGACGCACGUUCCCGCGCAGGACGAGUGCGCGUCCCCGCACCCAUGUCGCCAUUUUGAUUCGAAAAAAUAUGACUGAGUUUUUCCUGCUUUGCGUGUUAAACUUAGCCUCGCGUACGAGUGUGGACCGAACACGCGCUGUUUGAAAUAUCAGGCGUCCCCGUCGAUGCCGGGAAGCCAAUCGCGCACGACGAGCGUUUUUGGGGCGAUUUUUAAGAAGGCAUAUUUGACUCAGCUAACUUGAGGCAGCUAGCAAGCAGUCGCUGGCAGUCGCAGGCUGACUGAGCUUCUUCAAAACAAACCAGCAGACUUCCAGGCUGAUGGAAGCUCGCUAGCGCGGCCGGCGAACUGUUAGCUCUACAGCUAGUGACUAAGGCAUUGGCUGCUGGACGCUAAAAGUACAAGGUUAAAAACCCCCACACCAACACAACCGAACGGGAUUUUCAAAUCAAAGGUUAUGCUGAGCCUCCCACCGUCUCAUCUCCAAAAGAGGCCUGUGUUUUGAAAGGAGACCCAUGCUGAUAAAUGCCAGGCCUCGCCACACUUUCUGUCUUCAGCACGAACACAAAUGCCUGCCUGCCCGUGGGGGAGGUCUGAUUAAAGAUAUCCACAUUACAUUCACUGGACUGUCUCCCCCAUCCCGGCGGCCAUCAUGUUUUGGAAGUUUGACCUACACACCACCUCCCACAUCGACCAGCUGCUGGACCGGGAGGACGUGACGCUGAGGGAGCUGAUGGAGGAAGACGAUGUCUUGCAGGAGUGCAAGGCCCAGAACCGUCGCCUGCUCCUCUUCCUCUCCCAGGACCACUGCAUGCAGGAGCUGGUCAGUCUCAUCACCACAGAGCCAUCUGCAGACCUGGAGGAGAGGAGCCGCUUUAAGCUACCCAACAUUGCGUGUGAGCUCUUGACCUCAGAUGUGUCCAUUAUCAACGAUAAGCUGGGUGGAGAAGAGUCUCUUCUUGAAGUGCUGUACCACUUCCUGGAACAGGACCCACCCCUCAACCCUCUACUUGCCAGCUUCUUCAGCAAAACCAUCGGCAAUCUCAUUGCCAGAAAAACCGAAGAGGUAAUCACCUUUCUCAAGAAAAAAGAAGGCUUCAUUGGGCUGGUGCUGAAACACAUAGAUGCGUCUGCUAUGAUGGACCUGUUGCUUCGCCUCAUCAGUUGUGUGGAGCCUGCUCCCUUGAGGCAGGAGGUCCUCCAUUGGCUGAAUGAGGAGAAGCUGGUACAAAGACUCAUAGAGCUUAUUCAUACUGGUAAAGAUGAGGAGAGACAAUCAAAUGCGUCCCAAACACUUUGUGACAUUAUCCGCCUUAGCCGAGACCAGGCCAAUCAGAUGCAGGAGAACAUGGAGGCUGAUCCACUAUUGGCUGUGUUAGAAUCACAAGAAACUGUAGCAGGACUCCUCAAGAACAUGUUUGAGGGGGAGAGGAAUGAGGCUUCCAUCGUUAACGGAACUCAAGUGCUACUUACCUUACUAGAGACUAGGAGGUCUGGGUUGGAAGGGCUGAUGGAUAUGUAUUCUCAGGGUUAUGAAAGGUCUUACACUGUCAACAGCAGUAUUUUAAAUGCCAUUGAGCCCCAUUUAAAGGACUUCCAGCAGCUUCUUCUGGAUCCCCCAAAGAAAGGUGCAAUACUGACCACCGUUGGCGUUCUGGAUCAGCCACUGGGGAACGCUCGCCUUCACGUGGCCCGCCUGGUAGCUGCCGUCCUGCAGACCACUUCUCCGAGUAUCUGCCAAGAGCUCUGCAACCUUGGCACCAUGGGCCUACUACUGGAUCUGUUCUUUAAAUAUUCGUGGAAUAACUUUUUGCACUUCCAAGUGGAGCUCUGCGUGGCAGCCAUCCUGAACCAUCCUUCCUCAGAGGAGCGUCUUAACCCAAGUCUUCAGAACCACAACGGGAAGCUGGCAGAAUCAGCAACUGAAGCGCCCAAUGAAGCAGCAGAGACAGGCGAGAUCAGUGACCCAGAGACCUCCCUUCAUAAUGUCCUUGUGGCACAUCUUUUCCAGAAGUGUCGAUUGGUACAAAAGAUCCUUGAUGCCUGGGAGGAGAAUGAUAAAAUACAGUCCGAAGGUGGUACCAGAAGAGGCAACAUGGGUCAUCUGACCCGAAUUUCAAACAUGGUGGUCCAGAACCUGGAAAAAGGACCGGUACAGGCCCAGAUUGCAGACCUAAUCAAAGAGCUGCCAGAAGACUGCAGAGGUCGCUGGGAAAGUUUUGUGGAUGAGACGUUAAGAGAAACUAAUAGAAGAAACACAGUUGAACUGGUGAGCACACACAACAUGCAUUCGUCCAGCGAAGACGACGACAUGGAGAGUCCCUUUCCCAACGACCUGUCGCUCCAACAGGCUUUCUCUGACUAUCAGAUUCAGCAGAUGACCGCCAACUUUGUGGAUCAGUUUGGGUUCAACGACGAGGAGUUCAGCGAACAUGAUGAAAACAUCAACGCCACAUUUGACAGAAUUGCAGAAAUAAACUUCAAUUUAGAUUCUGAUGAUAACAGUGCCAAUGCAGCAGCUUUUGAGGCCUGUUGUAAAGAGAGGAUACAUCAGUUCGAUGAUGCUGAUGAGGAAGAGGACAUUUGGGAGGAGAAGGAAAUCAACUAUGCAACACAAGCUAAAUCUAGAACAAGGUUUGGGGUGUCCCAAACCUCAGAAGGAAGCUCCCGGAGCAGUCUAGAGAAUGGUGGUCAAGAGCAAGACUGCGGCUCAGAAUCUGAUGAGGAGGAAGAUUUUGAGCAGAACACAUCAGAUACAGGUCCAGGCUGGACAGCAAAUUUCAGGGACUCUGAAGGAAACACAGCAUCCCAGACUUUGUCAGGGUGGGACACACCUCCCGGGAGUGGAACCGACACCCAAGAGACGGGUUGGGCCAAUUUCACGGCAUUCCAGCCUUUCUCUUCGAGCACAGAGACAGAGCCCAGGUGCAGCUCCCCUGUGGAUGGUGGCAGCAGUGGCACAGAUAAACAAGCCAAACAAAACCACGAGGAAAGCACUCAAGCCAACUCCCCUUCCUGCAUCGGACCGUCGGGGGACGGGAAGAAGGCUCCUCCCGCUGCCACAGACAACAGCUCGUCUGGAGGAUCAGACAGCGAGGAGGACGCCGCUACUCCCAGCGCAGCUACCCUUAUAGAACCAGCCAGCUCCCCCGGCAGCAAGACAGCUGACCUCACAAGCGAGGCAAGUCCUGUAUCUCUAGAGAAACUCUCACUGUCGGACCCUCCUGAGGCCUCGCAGCAGCAGCCGUCUCCUCCUGAGGUUUUGCAUUUAACCACACAGACUGACAGAAUAGAGGAGACGCCGCCACCCCAGGAAGUGGCCGUCAACGGGCCAGUGUGAGUGCACACAGGUUUUGGCAGGCGGCAACAACAGGGGUGAUCUAAACAGUGGCGGCGGCCGCAAACUGUAAGCCUCCUUCAGAGUGACUUCUUUAAAAUAACCUCAGUGCGACUCCAGUGUUUUUACCGAAUCACUCUGCCAUGUUAUUGGACCUGGACACUGCCAAUCGACACCAGUAACGAAGCGGCGGAACAUGUACAAAAAAGUAUAUAUAUAUAUAUAUAUAUAUAUAUAUAUAUAUAUAUAUAUAUAUAUAUAUAUAUAUUAUACCAGAAAAAGGACAAAAACACAGAACAGCGUUUAGAGGAACUUCAAAGCCUUUUUUUCCUGAUGUUGCACAUAAAUACGUGCGGUUUUAAUGUAGCAGCAAUCUUUGAGGGGGGGUAACAACAACAUUAUCAUUAUUUUUUUAUGUCCAAAACGAUUUCUCUUCUACUGGUGGAACCUAAAAGAAAGGCUUUUACAUUGUUGCCCCAUUUGGGGAUAGCACAGGCAACACUUUUUUAAACACGCCUCAAUAAUACUUUUUUUGUGGGGGGGAGCACUUAUUCAGCCAUUUUUCUGUCUGUUUUAGCACAAAAUAUCAGUGUUCCGCCUUCCCUGCUGCAGGCUGUCUCUAUCCAUCCUCUCAACCACAUCUCGGUUUUACUAUUUUUCUGUACUUUUCUUUUUUUUUGGUUACGGUCUAAAGUCUCAUCUUUAAUUGUCUCCAGGUGUCUGAAUGUGUCAUGGUGGAGAAGGAUCAAUAAACACAGCUCAAUUGUAUUACUGUCUUUUGCUCAAGUGCAAUAAUGUCAAUUAGUCCUUUUUAAUUUAAAUUCAGCCUAUUUUAAGAAAGAAAAAUCAAGAUGGCAGUCAUCCAGUGUAGUUUUGCUUAAUUAUUUUAUUAUUGACUGUUUCCCCUUCUUUUUCUUAGUGCAUGCAUAAGUGACCUCACUAGUGAGCUAAGACCUUCUGAUUGUAUUAAUCUUAAAUUCCCUCUUUCAAUCAACCAAUUAUCUACUUAAUAUAGCUGCAUCUACAGGUCUUUGUUUUACUAGCCAUUUUAAAUACUAUUUUCUGUUGCUCUCUCUCUCUCCACAAAGCAUUAGAUAGCAGGCUGUACAAGAGUGGCAUCUGAAAGGAGUAACGCUGUAUUGUUUUCCCUUUUUUUUUUUUCAAUGUUUAAUUUAAUUUGAUCCCGAAGCUGCAGGAUUGGAAAAGAGGGCAGGUGCUGGGUUCGAGCAAAGCCCCAGGCCUCUUGGUGUACUUAAAUCACUUGACAGUGAUCAGGUUCUAUGAUUCAUUGUUUAUUCAUUGUUCAAACUGAGAAUUAAAUGUGUCUGGUUGACCACAUUAAUACCA